AUGGACACAUGGAUAAGUCUGUACGAAGCUAUCGUGACAGACAGAGAUACUGCCACUGUUCCUUGUCCGCGAUAUUCAUACGCAGACUUCACCCUCUGGCACAACGAACAGCUGAAAUCGUCCGAAACGCUGGCGAAUAGGUCUUACUGGUCUUCACAUUUGGACGGGUUGAAGGAAGCCCAUAAACCGCCAUCAUUUUUCAAGGGGAAUCAAUCCACAGCUCUAAAUCAACGAGGAAUUCAUAGACUUCGACUACCGGCCAACCUACAUCGACGCUUGGGCCGUAUAUGUUCGAUGCUCGGUGCAACAUCUUUGAAUUUCCUAGCUGCAUCAUUCCGGACAUUCAUGUAUCAUAAUACAGGAGACCGAGACGUGCCCUUGUUCAUGGUAGAUGAGACGAGGCCUCACGAGACCGUUGAAGGAGCCAUUGGAUAUUUCACCAACCUGCUCCCUCUUCGCGUCCAGAUAAGGUGCGAUGACAUGAGCUUCGAGGAAUUGGUCAUGCGCGAGAAAGAGAACUUCUCCCAGGCCCGUUCGCACGUUUUGCCAUUUAACGAAAUUGUGGAUUGCCAACGAGUUAAGAGUACGACAAAGCAGCUUCCACUUGGAGAAAUUGCCAUUCAAUACCGGAACCAGCGUGGUGCGACAUCUUACCGCACGGCAGACCUUGAGGCGACAAUCGAUGAGACCAUAAGAUUCCCCUCGCACUUUGACAUCUGCCUAGAAGCCGAAGAGAAGGAUGGCGACCUCGAGCUAUCCCUCGAUCAUUCUGCUUCCCGAUACAAUACUGAAGACAUGGAGCGGUUCUUCGGCGACUUUCUUCUCUUUCUGAGCUCCUUGAUUCGUGACCCACGGCAGGCGAUUGAGGAAGCCUACGUUAAUGGCACGAUAUAG